UACAAGGGAGAAUACAUGACGAUACAUAUAACACCACAAGAAAACUUUUCCUAUGUCAGCUAUGAAAGCAAUGUGGCACUAAAUAAUUAUCGGAUGUUAAUAAAUCAAGUUGUCCAAACAUUUAAGCCGGGGAAGUUCAUAGUAACCAUAUUUGCAAAUAAGUCUUCGUUGGCGUACGAAACCAUGAAGGGAUUGGAAAUCGAAUACUCGACGCAGUCACAUUGGAAACAAACCGAUAUGCAGUGCUGGAGAAUACAUGACGAUACAUAUAACACCAGAAGAAAACUUUUCCUAUGUCAGCUAUAA